AUGUAUUUUAGGUUAAGGUGAAAUUACUGUGAUAAUCCGAUUAAUGUUCUUAGAUUAUAUGCCAUAAUUUAUAGUUUUCCCCUUAAAGGACUUGCUCCAUAUUCCUACAUAACAUGACAAAAACUGCAGCAGGUUUAGUGAUCUUCCGCAAGCAUUUAAAUGCAAUUCAGUACCUUUUGUUACAAACAUCUUACGGGGAACACCAUUGGACACCUCCAAAGGGUCAUGUCGAUCCCGGCGAAACCGAUCCAAUGGUUACGGCAUUACGAGAGACCAGCGAAGAAUCCGGUUUGCGACAGUCGGAUUUGAGGAUAUUUCACGACUCUAAGCAUAUUCUCAAUUAUAAUGUACGCGGGAAACCGAAGAUUGUUAUUUAUUGGUUAGCGGAAUUAAUUAAUCCAAGCGCCGGGGUGAGAUUGUCUGAUGAGCACCAAGAUUUUAAAUGGUUAGAGUUGGAGGAGGCUUGUAGAUUUGGAAAUUACACUGAUAUGCAAGUUAUGUUAAAGCAUUAUGAUAAUUUUAUAAAAACAAUGUGAAUACACUGUUUUGAUGAUUUAUAGUCGGGAUGGAUUUUUCUCCAUGUACUUAGUUCAUGCCUCUCUAUGUGUAAAUCCUCUAAAGUAAAGGACUAUGGAUAAAACUUGUGUAUGCCCAUGCCAAUUACAGACAAUAUAUUUUUUUAAUUUGUGCAAGGUUAUUGCAAAAUAUACCUACCUAUCAA